AUGAAGUCCACGUACGCUGCUUCUGGAAUUGUAGCGCUCGCUGGUGCUGUUUCAGCCCAGCAGACUCUCUGGGGACAAUGCGGAGGGAUUAACUAUACCGGCCAAACCUCAUGUGUUUCUGGAUCCAAUUGCAGUUACCUUAAUGACUGGUAUUACCAGUGCAUACCAGGGGCCACUACAUCGACACCGUCAACACAGCCAACAUCCAGUGCCUCCACCUUCAAGACCUCGACAGCUACUUCGACUUCAAGUAGGCCAACUAGCACCGGGUUUUCGAAGGCGAUUGGCACUAAGUUCAAUAUCGAUGGCACAACCAAGUACUAUGCCGGCACCAACAGUUACUGGAUCGGCUUCUUAACCAACAACGCUGACAUUGACAAGGCGCUAGACGAUAUCAGAGCUUCUGGUCUUAAGAUUCUCCGAGUAUGGGGCUUUAAUGACGUCACGUCAAUCCCUGGCAGCGGUACUGUCUACUAUCAGUACCUUUCGUCCUCUGGAUCAACAAUUAACACAGGCGCCAACGGACUUCAGCGCCUGGACUAUGUAGUCUCGAGUGCUGAGUCCCGUGGGAUUAAGCUGAUUAUUAACUUCGUUAAUAAUUGGGCCGACUACGGCGGCAUAGACGCUUAUGUCAGAGUCUUCGGUGGCACUCAUCAGACAUGGUACACCAACUCGGCCGCACAGGCGCAGUACCAGAAGUACAUCGCCGCCGUCGUGGGCCGAUACAAGUCCUCGUCGGCCAUCUUUGCCUGGGAGCUGGCGAACGAGUCUAGAUGUAACGGCUGCGACACUAGUGUCAUAUACAAGUGGGCCACGACGACUUCGGCUUAUAUCAAGAGUCUUGACCCUAACCACAUGGUUACCCUCGGAGAUGAGGGCAUGGGUUUGGCCGGCGAUGGAAGCUAUCCUUACCAGUAUUCCGAAGGCGUUGACUUUGUCAAGAAUCUAGGUAUCUCGACACUCGACUUUGGCACUCUGCAUCUCUACCCAAGCCAAUGGGGAACAAGCAAUGAUUGGGCGAACUCAUGGAUUGCCACUCACGCUGCAGCAUGCCUGAAGGCUAAUAAGCCCUGCUAUUUUGAAGAAUAUGGCGUUACGUCCAACCACUGCUCGGUCGAGUCGGUUUGGCAGAAAACUGCGCUGGGUCUUGCGAACAGCGGCAUGGGGGGCGAUUCGUUCUGGCAAUUCGGAGACAACCUCAGCAAUGGAAACACUCCCAACGAUGGCUACACCAUCUACACUGGAACCUCCGACUGGACGUGCCUAGUCACUAACCAUAUUAAUGCCAUCGGCUAAGCCUCCCGUCACAGGGCUUAGAGCACCUCUCUGCUACGGCCUGACUAUGACUAGGUGCAGUAUGAUGACUGAUUUAGCUUCUCAUUAUGGGAAGGAGUCUCAUUUUACUUUCCAGCUGAGUUUUAUUGACUUGCUAGACUAAAUACCGAGUUCUAUUGUUUUUAUACAAAGCUAGUUGUUGUCUAACGGGUUCGAUUUUACAACCUUUCAAAACUAC